GCCGAAGAUAAGCCAACACUCAACCCAAGUGGAUGUUAUCCUUUGAUGAAUUUCACCCGGCCUUUCUGUCAAAAUCAUGGAGUUAUUUUGUCAGACUACAUAUACGAGACGCCUUAUAAGCAAAGAUGGUACAAUGAUUAUCUCAAUAGGGAGUACGAUCGAUAUGUCAGGCUUGGUGUACCAAAAAUGAGCAGAUUCUUUAAAGUGGACAACGACAUGGUGAUAAAGUGCGUACAUGCUUCAGUGCCACUCCUUUGUCAUUAUCAUUUUCCGAGUUGCGAGGCGACCCGGGCGGUGUAUAAGGAGCAGACGAUUUGUCGAGAGACUUGUCUCAAUCUUAUUCGUAUAUGUGGUGAAAUUUGGGAUUACUUUGCAAAAGCUUAUACCCAUAAACAUCCUGAUCAGCAGUCGAAGAAACGCGUCCUUUGCGAACUACAGCCUUACAGAAAUGCUGGUGAGUCCCCAGAAUGCUGGUACAGUGAUCUUGAAAAUUCUACAGUUGCAAUCCCAUCUCCUCAAAGGACGCCAAUUUUAGAUUGUUUGUACUUAAACGGAAGCAGUUACCAUGGGAACAUAUCAGUGACGGCCUCAGGUAUUCCAUGUCAGUCAUGGACAGAACAAUGUCCUCAUCGUCAUACCAUGAACACCAUGUAUCCAGAAUUAAACAACGCCAAAAAUUACUGUCGCAAUCCCAAGAACUCAGGACAGCGACCUUGGUGUUUUACUACAGAUAGGAACAAGAGGUGGGAGUACUGUGAUAUCCCUAAAUGUACCCCAGUUCAUGGUAAUUAUGGCAACUGGUCAUUGAGCAGUCCGUGUAAUGUAACUUGUGGUGAAGGUUUUGAAACAUGGACACGAAAUUGCAACAAUCCUGAGCCAAAGUUUGAUGGAACAAACUGUAGUCAUCUAGGAGAGGCUAUUGAGUACAGACCAUGUCAGACAACACCAUGUCCUGGUAAGCUAGCUAUCUCUUUUUUUUGAGGGGUC